UAAAUAAUGGCUGCUUAUUCUUUUGGAACAUCAUAUUAAAGACCACCAGUUAAAAUGGAAUAGGCUCCUGGAGUAGGGGUAUUAAUAAUAUUAAUAAUUAGAAUUACAAUCCUGAUCGUUAUCCUCAUUAAAGACCGCCAAGUUGGAAGUACAAAUAAAUCAGUUAAACUUAGAAUUGGAACUGCCAAUAGAACAUUAUAGUAAAUGGGAUAUUAACCUGGGCCAGGACAAUAUGAAUAACUGCAAAAAGCAAUUGUAAUUUAACAUAUAUAAUUUUAAGAAAAGGAAGAAGCCUGAAUUCUCAAUGGGAGCUAAAUUUUAAAAUCACACAGAAGUUGGGAAAGGAAUUACUCGUAAAAUUAUUAUUAAAGUAUUAGCUGGCCCUGGUGCAUAUAAUCCAGAUUUUAAGCCUCUAUAGAAAUGUGCUUCCAGUUAUAGUAUGCGUAAUAAACCAUAAUUGGGUGGAAUUGAUGAUAAUUUAAGAGAAUUAAAAAAUGGUCCUGGUCCAGCUGCAUAUGAGACUAAUUAUUCAACUAUUCUAAGUAGACCAGCAUCUAGAAUUGGUAAUCAAGUUAGAGGAGGUUUCUAUGAUACAAAACCAUUUAUUCCAGGAGUUGGUAAGUAUAAUGUUCGUCCUGCAACAUCAGGACCAUAUCAUAGAUUUGGAAAUGCAUUAAGAGAUUCAACUUUUACAGAAAGAGUAUAAACUCCAGGUCCAGGAUAAUAUAUGCAUUAAUCACAUUUAAAUCUUAAAGCCACAACUAUUAGUUCUAAACGAAUUCCUACUGCUACUGAUUCUGCUCCAGGUCCUGGACAUUAUGAUCCUUCUACUGAUUUCACUAAGCGUUCUAUCCCUGGAGGUAGAGUUGGAACUGCAAAAUAAAGAUAAGUUUUUGAUGCACGUUAUACUCCUGGACCUGGACAUUAUCAAUCUUAAAGUGCUACCAAAAGAAGACCUCCCAGUUAUAAAAUUGGAUCUGAAUAAAGAAAACUUGUUGAUUAAUAGGAAGUUCCAGGACCUGGUACUUAUGAUAUAAGCAGAGAUGGAACCAGUAAAGGUUAUACACUUAGACCUAAAUACACUGACAGAUUGCCAGAUGGAACACCAGGCCCUUUAGAUUAUUAUCCAAAUGUUUCAUAAACAAAAUCAAGACCUUUAUCUUGUAGAGUAGGUACUGAAACAAGAGAAAAAAACAAAAUGAAUGAUAAUCCUGCUCCCAAUCAUUAUCAACUCAAUCAAACUAAUCCAGGACCUAAAUUCCCGUAUUUAUUUAUAAAUUUUCAUUAGAUUUGGAUCAGAAUCAAGAGUUACUGAUAGAAAUGAUGUUAAACCAGGACCUGGAACAUAUAAUAUUCCUCCUUAUUUUGCCAAUGUUCCUAAUUACCUUAUCCCAAAUAAAAGUCAAUUAGAUUUGUGAUAUAUAUCUAUUAUAUAUUUUAUAU